AUGGCUGAAUUCCCAGGAACCACUUCACCCCCAGCGUCACCUACAGACUCUUGGCCAGAGGAAAUUGAUGAAAAUUUUCAUUAUCCUAUGGGGUCUAUUCCACAGGGCCUUUGCCUACUUAUCAAUAUAGGUCGUUUCAAAAGGCAUGAGAACAGGCCUGGAAGUAACAUAGAUGCUGCUAGCAUUAAGGAUGUGUUUGAAAAUGUUCUCAACUUUAAAGUGACCAUGAUUAUGGAUCCAACUCUGCAGGAACUACACCAAGUGCUGAUCAAAUUUUAUGAGAUCGACCAUUCGGCCUAUGAUGCAUUCUUUAUUGUUAUACUUAGUCAUGGCGAUUUUGGGAAUGUGAUUUAUACUUCCGAUAGUCAAUCAAUUAAAAUAAGUGAGAUCUCGGAUUACUUCACAUCAGGAAUGUGCCCCACACUUGCCAACAAGCCUAAGGUUUUCAUCGUUCAAGCCUGCCGUGGUUCUAAGCAUAAUAAAACUGUCUCUACUCAGUCUACUGAUAGUAAAUCAGGCAGUAGUCUUGAUUUUAUGUCACAUGGUUUAUCACAUGACGGUGGUGGCCUAUCAGGUGUCCAGAUUGACUCCAGCACUCCUGAUAGAAUUGACUUUUUUUAUGCUUUUGCCACAAUCGAUGAACAUGAAGCUCUAAGACAUUGUUUUAAUGGUAGCUGGUUUAUCAACGAAUUAGUUACUGGCAUCAGGCACUUUGCAAGAAAGUACAAAGAAGUAAAUCUGGAAGAGCUCAUAAAGAAAGUCAAUCAAAGAUUAUCAAAGAAAAAAUAUGAAGAUAGAAUGCAAGCUUGUGAAGUGACAUCUUCAAUCAGAAAGGAUAUUAUUCUCUCAGUCAAUUUAUCUUUUGCUUCACGAACUCAUUCAGAAACAAGUUCCAUGAUUUCAAGUCCCAGCUCAAGCGAAAUAAUGUUUAAUCAAAAGACAUUGCCCAAAUGUGUAUCUUCUAGCCCCAGAAAUACCAUGCACACUGAACUAGUUGCUACCUCAAUGUCUUCAACACCGAAUCAUUUUUACACAAGGUCAAGAGAGAGGCGGAGUUACUCACAUGGCUCUAAUAUCAGUUUACCAGUAGCAACUCUUUCAGCAAGGAGUGAGCUAGUUGCGUCUACAUCUUUCAUUCAUUUAAGACACCAGUACAGUGAGGGCUCAUCUUAUUCUAUGUCGAGAUUUUCUUUUUCUUCCAGUCUGGCAUCGGAAUCAGAAAUCAAUCUUCAUUUUUUAUCAGGAUCCUUUAGUUAUAAAAAGCCAGGAUACUGUAUUGUCAUCAACAACAAUCCCUCACAAUAUGGCCAUGGGAAAUUGGAAACAAUAAGAGAAGUAUUUUCAGAUAAGCUUGGAUUUCACGUACAAAUAUACAGUUCUCUAACUCGUAAAGGAAUUAAGCGCCUUCUGAAGACAGUAGCCACAAUUGAUCACUCUGACAUUUACUGUCUUGUUAUCAUUAUGUUAGGUAUAGAAAAAUCCAAAAAACUUGAAAUAUCUGAUAUUGUUACUCCUUUUAAAAGUGAUGAGGAUACCCCAAAAGUGUUUUUUUUCGAAACUAAUUUAAACGACAAAGGUUAUGCUUCCUUUUAUAAUGAGCUUAUCCCACUAGAUAUACCUCAGUCUUUCAUUGCUAUCAUCAACGAUAAAGUGCAGAUGGAAGAAACCUUUCUACAGUACCUCUUGCAAACAAUAAAGAGUUCUUUAGUUGAAAUCAAUUUUCAAAAUAUGAUGAAAAGUUCACAGAAGGCUUUUAGUGUGCUUCAAAGUGAACGUAAUAUCAAGUUCAUUGAUAAUCUAAAAGACAGCCUCAUUCUGAAGCUAUUAAAAAGUGAAGCAAGGAAAAGAGAUCAACAACAAGAGUCGGGACUUAAUGAUAGCAAUCAGAAACAGGUUGAACUAAUUCUAGCUUUUAGACUUCUGGCUGUGAUAAGAGAAGACACCAUUAGGCUGCUAAGAUUCAGCAGUGGAACUAUAAUGCAGGUAUGCAAAUCCCUACAUAUUUCAGAAGGAAUGCCACCUUCAUGGAAACAAGCUGGAACUGCUUUGGCACUUCGGACAACAUUAAGGUUACCUGUUAUUCCUAGUGCUCGGGGAAAAUCACUUGCUGUUUCUGUAACAGACAAGCUUAUAUCAAUGGCUAAACUUGAGAAAGUGAAAGCUGCUAUUGAGGUGGAUAGACAAUUAAUGGAACAUGUUAACGUACUAAUGGUGGAAUGUCAUUUGGUAGCACCAAAUGAUGUCUUGAUCCUACCGCCAGAGCUAUUUGAGCUGAUAUCAAAUUGCAUCAAGUUUUAUAAAAUAUCAGAGGCCGAAGCAAUGCAGCGGCUUGAUGAGUACGUAGAAUUAUUACAUGAACAAUAUGUCAAAAUAAUGGGCAAAGUCCAAGGGAUACACUAGUCAGAAAUAUAAUGUUUAUUAUAGAUGUGUGAAAAUCAUUUAUUCAUUGUCACUGACAUAACAAUGAUACCACACACAUCUAAUGUUAAUCAUGAAGUGCCAAUAAUAUGGCAUGUCUUGGACAAUGAAUUUGAUUAUAUAACUGGGAAGAAGUGUUUUGUCUAGAGCAGAAAGAAUGGAUAGACAAAACAAAGAAAGUAUGUAAAUAUUUGGCUUUCUCUUUGACCAAUUUUUGCAUAAUUUCCUUAACAGGCCGUUAUCCAAUGGAUGCCAACCCAAUAGGACACUGUCUCAUUAUCAAUAAUGUUGAGUUCACUGAUGGUGGCCUAGCUGAGAGGGUUGGGAGUGACCAAGAUGCAACCAAAUUAGAGGAACUGUUUGGCAAUUUUCUUAAUUUUACAGUAGAAUUGAAGAGAAACGUUACAAAAGAACAGUUAGAAUCAAAGCUAAGACACUAUCAACAUGAGGAUCACUCGAAAUUUUGUACUAUCUUUGAAAAAUGAAAAAAAUGAAGAAAUGAAGAAAUGAUAAAAAUGAAGAAUUCUCUCCUUUUCAUUUUUGGCAAAAUUAGGCCAAAAUCUGAGUCAUGGAGAUGAAGGAAACAUUAUUAUGUGUCUGAUGGCCAAGCAAUCAUACUUGACGACAUUUUAAAGUAUUUCUCUGCCAGCAACUGUCCCUCACUUGGUGGGAAACCGAAAGUUUUCAUUGUUUGAGGAUGUAAUGGGGAUGCUUCCUUGCCACAUGUGGCAGAUCUCAGGGCAAUCAUACUUGUCUUAUGAGGCAGCAUUCCAGAAUGCUGGAAUGCUGAACAUCUUGAAGGCGUCCUCAGGGCACCUUCAAGAUGUCUGAACAAAAAACCACUCUACCAGUUCAUACUAUGCAGAAGAAAAUCACAGUAAGGUGGAAUGUUAUAGGUGUGAGGCAGUCAUUAUUUUAACAAAAUUAAUGUAGAAGUGGCAAGAAAGGACGUAGAUCUAUAUGCGGCAGCAAAGAGAAGCAACAAUCAUGCCAGCUAAAAUCUUGAAAAGGCAGCUAUCCCACAACAAGCACCAUGCAAUGCACCCUGGACCACAAACCACAUCUGCAGGCAUAGACUCUGAAGACUAUUCCUUAUUUACAUGGCCUUCCAAUAGUGGACUCAUGCACAGUUCAAAUAAACGAGGCUGAUGAUGAAGAUGAGGUUGUUAAAAAAUUAUAUGCACAAAAGAAAAAGGCUGAACAAACAAAGACUAUCCUGGCCAACACUUGCUAUAAGUUUCAUUUCCUGUUUGUAGUCAUUCAUGUCUGCAUGUCACUUUUACUUCUGUUCAGUAAUCCAGCAUUAUCAAUCAUUAUUGUA